AUGAAUGUCGUCAGAUCCAACGACGAAGUCGCUUCCCCACUGGCCCUCGAGAAGCGCAUUGACGGCAUACCCAUUCCUCAUGGAGUUGCUUCUCCCAAGUCACUUCUGCUCAUGGGCGUCACUGUUUCCUUCCACAUGGUCGGUGGAUGGGUUCGCCAGGGCAGUCGCAACGUGUGGACCUACACUUGCAAGGGCAUCGUCUUGACCAACAACAAUGACAGGAAGGCGGUUAGCAUCUUUGCCGCUGGCAUCAAGUACCUGACCAAUUACAUCAUGUCUGAAGGCAGGGUCUGGACUGUGAAUGCUCCGGAGGGAGGGUUUGCGGACACGGUGAGCAUCAAUAUCGGAAAGGCUUAA